AUGGCCACCCCGCAGGGUAACGACACGGUAUACGUCGCGGGCCUACCCGAUACCGUCUCCGAGAGGGACAUCGCCGCGCACUUCGGCUCCAUCGGGCAGCUCAAGCAGGACAAGAAGCGGCGAUGCGAGAAGAUCUGGCUCUACCGCGAUCGCGACACGGGCCUGCCCAAGGGCGACGCGACGGUGUCCUACAUGGACCCACACGCGGCGGAGGCGGCGGUGAACUGGUUCAACAACACGCAGUUCAUGGGCCGCACGCUAUCGGUGUCCCUCGCGGAGCGUAAAGGGGGCGGGGAGAGCCUCAACCUCCCCGCGAGUCACUUCGCCGAUCCCCUCGGGCGCAACGCCAACGCCGACAACGCCGCGCACCCGGACCCGACCUCCGCUCCGAACGACGACGACGACGACGCCCACGCCCGGGGAAACGCCGCCCACGCCCCCGGCGCUCCCAAGGAGACGCGCGACGGCGAUUGGCCGUGUCCCAAUCCCGCGUGCGGCAACGUCAACUUUGCCUUUCGCGGCAGGUGCCACAGAUGCGCCGAACCCAGGCCGGGCGGGGGCACAGCUGGCAGCGGCGGGGGCGGCACAGCUGGCGUCGUUCCCCCCGGGAGGAAGCAACCGGUGCCGAAGCAGGGGCGCGACGGGGACUGGCCGUGCCCGAACGCGUCGUGCGGUAACGUCAACUUCGCCUACCGGGGCCAGUGCAACCGGUGCGGCGCCGCGAGGCCGCCCGGCGCCGGCGCCGGCGGAGUCGGUAAAAACGACAAGCCCAACGGGAUCUUCGGCCCCGACGACUGGACGUGCUCCAACUGCUUCAACGUGAACUGGGCGCGCCGCGCCAAGUGCAACGAGUGCGGCGCGCCGAAGGAGGGCAAGGCUAAGGAGAAGCGCGAGGGGCGCGGCGGCGGUCACAAGGAGAUUGACGACGAGGACGAGAGGCGGGAGACGGAGAGACGACGCAGGGAGAACGAGGAACGGGAGAUUUACGACGACUUCGGCAACCUCAAGAAGCAGUUCAGGGCCAGCGCCGCGAACGACAGGGGCAGAGACCGCGACAGAGACAGGGACAGAGACAGGGACAGAGACAGGGACAGAGACAGAGACAGGGACAGGGACAGGGGCAGGGACCAUCCGUACCGAAGGGACGACCGGGACCGGGACAGGCGCAGGGACAGGUCCAGGAGCCGCGACCGCGGCCGCGACGGAAGGGAUCGCAGCAGGGAUCGCGGAGGAGACCGACGCCGCCGGAGCCGGAGCCGGAGCAAGUCGCCGCCGAGGGAGAGUUCAAAGCCCGACCUCAAGACCGACUGGCGCGGUAACCCCAUCAAGUCCACCAGGUACUGA